UCCUAGAUCAUAUUCUUAUUUAUUGCGCUCCUUUGAUUUUGAAUACCCUUAACCGACAUCAUGGCUGGUCAAUCCAAACCUGUUCUGUCGCCAUGGGGCAGCGCCGUGGCAGGCGCGACAGGAGCUGUUCUUGCGAACGCGAUGGUGUACCCACUUGACUUAGUCAAGACAAAACUACAAGUACAAGUCAAGGAGAAGAAUGGAACCGUGAAAACCGACGACCUCGAACAUUAUGAAUCGACUAUGGAUGCUAUUACCAAAAUCGCAGAGAAGGAGGGCUACAGCGGUCUGUACGCCGGAAUGGCGGGAGCCCUUCUAGGUGUCGCCUCAACAAACUUCGCAUAUUUCUAUUGGUACAGCGUCGUAAGAACGCUCUACGUGGCUUCGGCCAAGUCGACACAGGCCCCCGGUACAGCCAUUGAGCUCUCCCUGGGCGCCGUCUCUGGUGCCGUGGCUCAGAUCUUCACCAUCCCAGUGGCCGUUAUCACAACCCGACAGCAAACACAGCCAAAGGGCGAUAAGAAGGGGUUGAUCGAGACGGGUCGGGAGGUGGUCGAGAGCGAGGACGGCUGGACCGGCCUGUGGCGCGGCCUGAAGGCCAGCUUGAUCCUGGUCGUUAACCCGGCCAUCACCUACGGUGCAUACCAGCGCCUGAAGGAGGUUCUCUUCCCGGGGAAGAACAACCUCAAGCCCUGGGAGGCAUUCCUGCUUGGUGCCAUGUCCAAGGCUUUGGCCACGAUCGCAACCCAGCCUCUGAUUGUUGCCAAGGUUGGACUGCAGUCCCGCCCACCACCCAGCCGAAAUGGCAAGCCCUUCAAGACCUUUGGUGAGGUCAUGAAGCACAUUGUUGAUAAUGAGGGUCUCUUUUCCCUCUUCAAGGGUAUUGGACCUCAGAUCCUGAAGGGUCUUUUGGUUCAAGGUCUGCUGAUGAUGACCAAGGAGAGGAUGGAGCUCCUUUUCAUCAUUUUGUUCGCCUACCUCAAGAACAUCAAGAAGGAUAAAUUGCGCAAGGCAGUGGAUUUGGCAGCGGAAAAGGCCAAGACCAGCAUGCCUGCUACCCUGAAAUAGUUGUCUUAUAGUUAGACGGAGGGGCUUUUGGUUUUCCCUUCGAUUCUAAAUUGUGUUUACCUAACUGGCGCGUUGGUGGCUGUUGGCAAUUCUGG